CUCCCUCCCCACACUUCGCAUCUGCGGUCCGCCAUUCACCUACAUGAGUUAAAAAGAAAUCUACAGACGACGUUUUCACAAUGAGUGACAGCUUCUCAAGAACAGAAAUAUUGGCGGCCACUGUAAAACUAUCAGUGCUUGCAGCAUGCACAUAUGUUACCCUUAAAUUUAUUCUUGGACAGCUGGAUCCUGAUUCCGAAGCAGAAUCCGCAUACAAGAGUGCAUACAAAAAGGCCAAAGCAAUAUUAAAUCGGUUGGGAUUAUCGAACGAUAAGAAUCUCAAAUCGCUCAGCCAACAUGAAAUGAUGAUUGCAAAGGGUCUUAUCGACCCUCAAGAUAUUACCACUACAUGGGAUCAAAUUGCUGGAUUAGAUAAUGUUCUCCAGGAAUUACGUGAAACAGUCAUCCUGCCAAUUCAGAAAAAAGAACUUUUUGCUGACUCGCAUCUCACUCGAGCUCCAAAGGGCGUAUUGCUGUUUGGUCCACCUGGCUGUGGAAAGACAAUGAUAGCGAAGGCAAUUGCACGAGAAGCAGGUUGCAAUUUCAUUAAUUUGGAUAUGUCAUGUGUGACAGACAAAUGGUAUGGGGAAAGUCAGAAGUUAGCUUGCGCUGUUUUUACUUUGGCUGUGAAACUUCAGCCUUGUAUUGUAUUUAUUGACGAAAUAGAUUCUUUCCUGCGCAAUCGAUCAUCCUUUGAUCAUGAAGCCACAGCUAUGGUUAAAGCUCAAUUCAUGUCUCUUUGGGAUGGGCUCACUACUGACCCCUCAUGCACUGUAAUUGUCAUGGGUACAACCAACAGACCACAGGAUUUGGAUCGGGCUAUUUUACGACGAAUGCCAGCUUCAUUCCAUAUUGACAUGCCGAAUGCAGUUCAAAGACAACAAAUUCUUGAGACCAUCUUAAAGACUGAACCAGUUGCUAAUGAUGUUAACUUACGGAGGCUGGCUGAGAUAAGUGAUGGAUUUUCUGGAUCUGAUCUUAGGGAAUUGUGCAGAUCAGCCUCUGUCUACAGGCUAAAAGACUUUAUGAACACAAAUCAGAAGGAAAAACUAAACACUUCCAAUGAAUCUGAAGAUGAAUUUCAUGACGCAUUACGACCUAUUACAAUGGAAGACCUAACAACAGCUUAUUUGAAACUUCGAAACUCUAAAGACUUCUGUGGGGCUGAUUACUCACGCCAGGAAGCAAGUUGGAGUAGGGUGUGAUUUCAGAGCCUUAUCCUUAUCAUUGUGGAGCAUAGUAAUUAACAAUUCACUGGUAGGAUGCUCUGAAUAAGUAAGAUCUUUUCACAUGGGAUUGCUCUCAAAGCAGUCUGACCAGCUUUGGUGUCAUAAUUUUAAGUCACAAACAGAUUGCCUUGUGUUGGCAAGAAAUGUGCAAUAGUUUUGGUAUUAUUACCACCUAAACUCUUUUCCUUACGACUAUUUUCUAAAAUCAACUAAGUUACAAUCACACAAAUUUCUUGUUCUCCUUAGCACCGUUUGCACUUAAGUUGUACAUUUGGAGCAGACAAACAGAUACCAUGUUUUAUUUUGUUUUUCAAAUGCACAAAUUAAUUUUGAAGACCAACGGAAUUAGGGAGUUUUUUUCUCUGUGUUUGAUAUCAGAGCUGUGGUAUCAGUGGUAUCCAUAUGUACCAGUUUUAAUUGCCAUAUAAAUUGACAAGAGGACAGUAGGUAGCUUCUUGAAAAUAAAAAUAUUUUUUGCUCAUAGACUUUGUUUUUAAAUUUGAAGCAAGAAGAAAUGUCAUCAGAUUUGUUGGUGCCAGAAUCUUAAAUAGGCCUUAUUUUUUUUAGUUGUAAAUAAUUUUUUUCAGACAAACUAUUGUAUUAAAGAAAAAAUAGAAGAGUAAGCCGAAUGUUCUGGUGCCUCAACAAGUGUUGUUGUGACAUCUGUGAUAGAUUUUAAUGCGUGCUGUACCUUCAUAAAUUUUGGGGGUUGAUGUUUAGAAAAGCCAAAGUGAUUAGGUGAACAAGAUUAGUGUUGCAUUUGACUAAGAUAGUAAAACACUGUAAAUAUGUAUGCAUUUGCAAUACUUAAGUGAAUGGACAGUAUCCAACUGCUAUAGCUAAGUUAAGUUAAUCAGUCAUCUCUGAGUUGAAGCUUUCAUGCAAAGGCUAGUGUUGUUGUUGUAGUUGUAUCAAGUCAUUACUCUUUUUCUAUAAUAUGCCAGAGAAACUUUGUCAUCAGUUUCUGUAUAAUAUACAUAGCAUUGUUGUAUAGAAAUUGUUAAAUGCUCUUUUCAUUAUAUAUUUCUGUAAAUACAUAACUGUAGAUUA